UACAGUUAAGCUUUGAGAUUGCUUACCUAACGAAAAGUAUGAUUAUGUGUCGAGAAGUUCUGAAUAACGAUUUUUCAACGUUUAAUAAAAGCGGUAUUUAUAUUCACACCAUAAGUUAUAUUAAAAAGGGGCGACUUUGAUCCAAAUUGAGAUCGACGAAAUUGCGAAAUAGAUCAUAAUGAUUCAAUGAGCGAGAAUAGCUUAAAUAACAUCUCAACCAUUUUAGUCGCACGAUACAAAGUUUGUCCGCGAUAUUAUACUCGCGCGAGAAAUCUAGUUAGGGAAUUUGGACUUUUUGUUGCAUUAUGGCUGUGAACUCAUUUAGGUUGAUUGAACUUGUUCGGAAACAUCCUAUCUUAUAUGAUAUAACAAGAUCUGAUUUCAGAGAUCGUACAAAAAAAUCAGCGGUUUGGAAUAUUAUAGCAUCAUCCUUAGGUGUACCUGCUGAACUGUGUAAAUGUAGAUGGAAAAAUCUAAAAGAUGUAUUUGUAAAAGAGAAAAGAAAACUUGAACAACAUGUAAAUGGAACUUCAGUCAAACAUAAAAGGAAGUGGAAAUUCUAUGAUAAGUUGACUUUCCUGUGUGGCUAUAUGCCAGUGAAGGAAGUAGAACAAAAUAGUUCUGUUAUAUCUGAAGACCUAGUAAAGGAAAUGCAGCAAUCAAAAGAAAUGAUAGUUAUUCCACAUUUACAGGAAGAGGAAACAGAGUCACUGGAAAUUUCUCAGAACAGAGAUAUCUUUCACGGUAUAAAAAGGAAAUGUGCUUGUAUUUCUUUGAAAGGACCAGAUAAGCUCCAUCUUAUCUCUGAAGUAAAAGAUGAAGAAGGUCAUUUUGGUGAAACAGUUGCAGCAGUGCUGAGACGUCUGACUCCAUACCAGAGAGCUGUUGCUAAAGUUAAGAUUCAAGAACUUUUACUUCAUGCUGAAUUUGAUGAAAAGGAUGUUAUCCCUUCAAAUCCCUAGUGGUGAAAUUAUUGGCUAUAUGUAGAUGUGAGGUACAGCAUCAAUAACCUUUCCAAUUUGGUCCAAUAAACUUUUAUAACAUAUCUACCUGUAUAUAUAUAGCUUUUGUAUCAGUUUAUAUGUGUAUAGCUUGAUUACUGUCUUGGUUACAGAAAUUAAAUAUUCAUGUUAGAAAAUCGUUUAUUACUAUAGUUGUUUUAUACCUGCAUUAUUUUCCCAAGUUUAAUGUGCAGUUCAUAUUGAAAGCUUUUAUUCUAACUCUUUAGAUGUGACAUAUGUUUCAGUUUGCUUCACUGACUGAGAUAAAGUUUUCCUCAUUGUGUAUUUGUUUACUGUCCAUGACUGGAUGUUCAGUUCCAUAUUUAAUUUUGAAAUUGUUUAUGUGUGACAAUUGAGUGAAGUAGGAUAGUGAUUGUAUGCCAGACUUAACAAGGACACUUCUAUAGUCUAUAGUUAGAAUAUAAUUUCUUUUAGUGUAAUAUGAAAGAUGAUGUUAUAAUUUACUAGUAAUCAAAUGCUUUAAUAGAACCUUAUUAUUAUUAUUUAUAGUAAAUGCUAAAAUAAGAUUUGUAAAAACUU